UUUCGGCUGCUCUGCGAACAGCUCUCUACAGUUACAUCAAACUCACAUGUUUAUUGCAGAAGAGGACUGGCUCAGAAAAAAAUUAUUCCACAGUGCAUCUCUAGAGAUUUCACAGAUCUGAUCGUUAUUAAUGAAGAUAAUAAAAUACCAAAUGGACUUAUUUUGAGUCACUUGCCAGAUGGUCCAAUAGCUCAUUUUAGAAUAAGUAGUGUUCAUCUGCAUAAAGAAAUCAAGAGAAGAGGUAAGGACCCCACAGAGCACAUUCCUGAAAUAAUUCUGAGUAAUUUUACAACACGACUGGGCCAUUCUAUUGGACGUAUGUUUGCAUCUCUGUUUCCCCAUAAUCCUCAGUUUAUCCGACGGCAGGUUGCUACAUUCCACAGUCAGCAGGAUUAUGUCUUCUUCAGAUUUCACAGAUACAUAUUCAAGAGUGAAAAGAAAGUAGGAAUUCAGGAGCUUGGAUCAUGUUUUACCUUAAAAUUAAGAUCUCUUCUGAAAGGAACCUUUGAUUCUAAAUUUGGAGAAUAUGAAUGGGUGCAUAAGCCUCGGGAAAUGGAUACAAGUAGAAGAAAAUUCCAUUUAUAA